AUGCGGAUUGCAGCCUACACCGCCAAGGCUUCUCCCUAUGGAAUAAGUGCCCACCUAAAUCUCACCCUCUUCAAAGUCCAGGUUAUGUCUGAUGUUCUCUACAAGGUGUCCGGCCACUGUGAACAUGUUUUGUCCAAUUUCCGCAAAGAGUUUUACGAGCUGGUCCAGAAUGAAAGGGUCCUUCUCUUUGUGGCCUCAGACGUGGAUGCUCUGUGCACCUACAAGAUUCUUCAGGCUUUGUUCCAGUGUGACCACGUGCAGUACACGCUAGCUCCAGUUUCUGGGUGGCAAGAACUUGAGAGUGCAUUUCUAGAGCACAAAGAACAGUUCCAUUAUUUUGUCCUCAUAAACUGUGGAGCUAAUGUUGCCCUAUUGGAUGUCCUUCAACCAGAAGAAGAGGCUAUAUUCUUUGUGUGUGACACCCAUAGGCCUGUCAAAGUCGUGAAUGUGUACAACAACACCCAGAUCAAGCUACUCAUCAAACAAGAUGAUGACUUUGAAGUCCCUGCCUACGAUGACAUCUUCAAGGACAAUGAGGAGGAAGUCGAAGAACAUUCAGGACCCGAAAGUGAUGGGUCAGAGCCAUCAGAAAAGCGCACACGAUUAGAAGAGGAAAUCAUGACUCAAACCAUGAAGAGGAGGCAGCGAAGAGAGUGGGAGGCUUGCUAGAGAGAAAUCCUCUUUGAUUAUGAGCAGUAUGAAUACCAUGGGACAUCGUCAGCCAUGGUGAUGUUCGACUUGGCCUGGCUGAUGUCCGAGGAUCUGAAUGACAUGCUCUGGUGGGCCGUCGUGGGACUGACAGACCAGUUGGUACAAGACAAGAUCACCCAAAUGAAAUACGUGACGGACGUUAGCGUCCUACAGCGGCACGUGUCCCAACACAACCACCGUAACGAGGAUGAGGAGCACACGCUGUCUGUGGACUGCACGCGUAUCACCUUCGAGUACGACCUCCGCCUGGCCCUCUACCAGCACUGGUGUCUCUACGACAGCUUCUGCAACACCUGCUACACCACUGCCAGAUUCAAGCUCUGGUCCGUGCAUGGGCAGAAGCGGCUGCAGGAGUUCCUGGCAGACAUGGGGCUUCCCCUCAAACAGGUAAAGCAGAAGUUCCAGUCCAUGGACAUCUCCUUGAGGGAGAAUUUGCGGGAAAUGAUUGAAGAAUCUGCAAAUAAAUUUGGGAUGAAGGACAUGCGUGUGCAGACGUUCAGCAUCCACUUCGGGUUCAAGCAUAAAUUCCUGGCCAGUGAUGUUGUCUUUGCCACGAUGUCCUUGAUGGAGAACAUCGAGAAAGUUGGUGCUGGGACGGACAGCUUCACCCAGGCCCUGGACAGUCUCUCCAGGAGUAACCUGGACAAACUCUACCUUGGCCUGGAACUCACCAAGAAACAGCUGCAAGCCACCCAGCAGACCAUUGCCAGCUGCCUGUGCACCAACCUGGUCAUCUCCCAGGGGCCUUUCCUCUACUGCUCUCUCGUGGAGGGCACUCCAGACGUCCUGCUAUUUUCCAAGCCAGCCUCCCUGAGCCUGCUCAGCAGACACCUGCUCAAGUCUCUUGUGUGUUCAACCAAGAACCGACGCUGCAAGCUGCUGCCCUUGGUGAUGACUGCCCCCCUGAGCGUGGAGCAGAGCACAGUGACUGUGGUGGGCAUCCCCCCUGAGACUGACAGCUCGGACCGAAAGAACUUCUUUGGAUGGGCGUUUGAGAAGGCUGCCGAGAGCACAAGCUCCCGGACGCUGCACAACCACUUUGACCUGUCUGUAAUUGAGCUGAAGGCUGAGGAUCGAAGCAAGUUCCUGGAUGCACUUGGGUCUCUCCUGUCUUGAGGGGUUCGCUUCCUUCAGAACUGAC